AUGCUUAUCCUAAUCAUAUCUGAUAAUGUUAUCGUAACGAAAAAAGCGCAUGGAUUAUUAACAUUAUGGUUAAAUCCGGUUAAUUUAUGGCAUUGGUUUACGGAAUUCAUACCAAUUUUACAAUGGUUACCAAAAUAUCAAUGGAAAACUGAUAUGCAUCAUGAUAUUGUUGGUGGUUUAACAAUUGGUGUUAUGCAUAUACCACAAGGUAUUGCAUAUGCAGUAUUAGCAGGUGUUGAUCCAGUAUAUGGUUUAUAUUCAUCACUUUUUCCAGUUUUUUUCUAUAUGUUUUUUGGGACAUCAAAACAUGCAUCAGUUGGAUCAUUUGCUGUGACAGCUAUUAUGUCUGCAUUAGCAAGCGAUGAAAUUAUGUUACAACAAUUAGAAAUAAAUGAUAAUGAUAUGAUUAUUGUUGAUAAUAAUACGACAUCUUCACUAACCUAUAUAGAAAUAACUACAACACUUGCUUUUACAACAGGAAUUAUUGAGUUAAUCGCAGGUAUUUUACAACUGGAAUUUAUUACUGCUUAUUUCUCCGAUCAAUUAGUAUCCGGUUUUAUUACCGGUUCUGCUGUACAUGUUCUUGUUACUCAGAUGGAUGAUUUUUUCGGGAUUACUGCACCAAAAUUUCACGGAAUAGGAUAUCUUUUUAAGAGAGUUUCUAGUAUUUUAACACAUAUUCCACAAACUAAUUUCUAUACAGUGGGAAUGUCAAUUUUUGGUAUGGCAUUUCUUUAUUUCGGCAAAACUUUUAUGACACCAUUUUUGCAUAAACAUUUACCAUUUAAAUUACCGGUACCGUAUGAAUUACUUUUGGUAA